CCACGCAGUGCAAUGUGAAAAAGCACUCCUGGAUGGCUAAAUUCACGAUCAUGAUAUUGACUUUGACAAUUAUUUUGAUGACAUGUCUCAACGCAAUUGAAGCCGAUGCAGAACCAAGGAAUAGAGGAAAUAGGAAUGGAAAGAGGAGGGAAAUCAUUCACUGCUGCAGUGCCAACUCGUGUUUGACGUCCAACAAACGCUUGAAUCACACGUCAACCAAAUUUGUACAAACGGUCUUAAAUUUGGCCACUAGUUUGAAAACAACAGAGGAAAAUACACCAUCGUCAACUGAAGAGUCAUCAGAAAGUCAGGAAACAACUACCAUAGCAGAUGAAACUGGCAGCGAUGCUGGAACUGAAUUAUCUACUGAAGUAAUGACGAUGGAGACGUUUAGUAUUUCGUCAUCGGUAAUUCCAGAGCAACCAACCUCGGAAGUUACACAACCCCAGUCGACGCCACCUGUUGAAAAUAUUACAAGCACUACGGUUGAAACUACAUCAACCACAACUCCUUUACCAACCACUCCCCAGGUUUUUCCAAACUGCAGUGAAACGUCAGUGGUAAAAGACCCACUUGCGUUCAACAAUAAUGGACUCCUCAAAGAGCCUGAAAGUUACGGGUACUGGCUUCAAUCCUGUGAUCAACUUUUCUUAUUUGGAAAAACUCUGAUGAGCUGGAAAGAAAAUAUAGACAAGUGUUUCAAUAUUGGAAUGCAACCUUUGGCGUUUGCAAACGCAACCAAAAACCAAUGUUUUCGGAACAUGACGACACUUGAUUGGACGUUUGCAGAAAACUAUUGGACUUGUGGCUUGAAAACGGACAUAAGUGUGAUAUCUUGGUGCUCAGCAAACGUAUCAAGCACGUUGCAAGAAUCGCCAACAAUUCCGUGGACAGGCGUUUCGAAAGUCCAGGAAGAUUGCGUUCAAUUGAGCGUUUUGAAAGAUAACGCCACGUACCAGUUGAAAGGAAAAAUGUGCAACGAGAGUCUCUUUUUCGCUUGCCAGGGUCCAACUACUACUCCUCCUCCAUGCUCCAGUCCAUCAUGUCCAAAUGUAACCUGCCAGAAAAAAGCUUCCUUUUUCUUGAAUUCCACCAACGCGACGGCUGAAGAAGGUUCAGGAGAAGUUUUAUCAAACACGAAUCUGCAUGGAAACUGGUACAGAUACAAGGGGCGAUUGUUUCUUUUCAGCUACCCAAAUCUGACGCAAACGUUUACUGGGGCAAUCAAAGCGUGUUGUGAAGUAGGAAUGACUUUGCUCAGCCUUGAAUACGACUACAAAUACACCUCUCUUGUCACAGCGAUCAAAAACAAUCAAACAACGGCUGAUGUCUUCUGGACUUCCGGCACCGACAACGGUUGCAAAGGCAAGUUCGGUUAUUGCACCGCCAACCGAACUUUGCAGGAAGAGGCGCUCUGGAAUUCGGGACAGCCGGACAACUCCGGAGGAAACGAACACGCCCUGGCCGUUUCUUUGAACAGCAGUCACGCGUUGCUUUCGGAUUUCGGCGAAGAUAAAAUGUUCAGAUACAUUUGCGAGGCUCGAGAUUCCGAUCCGGACGGAACUGGUGGGAACGCAGUUCGAGACGAAUGCGCCGCAGUUUACAACAUUAGUCAAACUGAGAUCGACAAUAUUUUCAAUACGACAGAAAAGUUUGACGAGCGAAUGAAAUGCUUUUUGAAGUGCGUCGGUGACAAUGCAGGGAUGAUGGUGAAUGGGAAGUUUGUGGACAGUCGUGUUUUAGCAGCACUGGAAAACAUUUCCAUGGGAAAUUCAAACGAGUUGAAAAAUAACACGCAACUCUUGAGCGCAUGUCAACGUGCCGCUGAGAACAUGAGCGAGUGUGACAAAGCGGCGCACAUGAUCAAAUGCAGCAGUGAAAAGGCGCCCGAAGCUCUCAAUUCGGUUGUCAUGACCGUGCAAAAGGCAAUGCCUAUUAGAAAACUAAGCUUCCCCCUCGCUCGGUGCUUCAAUAAGUGCGUCGUGAAUAAAACUUUGGUGCAGGAAUUCAAAUUCGCAAAAAAUGGAUCAAAAGUGACAAAUGGAGUUGUGCAAGUCCGCUGUGGAAAGAAGUAUCUGUUCUUCAUGGCAUUAGUGAACAUGACGGAAGCAUUUCGUCAGUGUUGCAUUCGCGGAUUGAAAAUCGUUUCACUCGACAGUUCCGCAAAAGCCACUUGCCUUGAGUCUCAAAGUGUUGCAAACGUGUCCAACACGUGGGCGUGGACGGCAGGAAGCAAUUUGCGAUCCGCCAAAAACUCGCGCUGGUGCACCGGCUCCAAGAAUGCUUCAUUCUCACAUACCAAGACCUUCCUCAAUGUUACCAUCCAAGAUACUAAAGUCGGCGGCGGUUUCGUAGUCAAGUUGACUACGAAACAGCUAAUUUCAAUACGAUUUAAUGCAAAAUUUCCUGCAAUUUGCGAACAGAAUUGAAAUUUUAAAAUAAAAUCAUUCAACACUAGCGUACACAAAAGAAUAAAUAAAUGUCUGCAUAUUAAUUUCUUUUAAAAUGUGCAGGGUCAGAAAUGAAAAUUAAGGCGCGACGAAAAUCUAGAUAAUUUCGGUGUAAAUAAUCUCGCCAUAAUAAAAACCA